AUGGAGGUUCUAAAGGAGCUCCAUGCCUCCAUCGCCGAGGCAUGUGAGGCAUCAUUCAAUAUCGCCUAUCGAGAUAUGGAGUUACAAAAUGCCAAUCUCCAAAAAAGAACAGAAGAAGCCGAAAGGAAUGCCACAGCUGCCAGUGCGGCUCAACAAGCUACAGAAAAUCGAAACCAAGAGCUUCAAUCACACAUUAGCGCCCUCCAGGAGGAGCUGUGCCACUUUGAAAGCAAACCUGAAGAUUUGGAACUCCCCAAUCAACUCAAUCACCUAGAGAAGGAGUUUGCACCGGAGCAUGUAUGGGCCACAAUCGACCAUGACAAUGUCGAGCAGUUGAAGAAAAUCCUCACGAAGAAGUACUCAGCACUCUAUGCGAACCUUCAAAUGCUUUCUCAAGGCUGGGGCAGUCUUAAGACAAAGAUCCUUCAGCAUAAAAAAAAGCUACGCCACUGGGACAGACAACUGGAACGAAACGAGUUUACACUUAUACUCAACGGUGCACCGGUCACAUUUCGAAGAACCCAGGCUUCGAAUGAGGGAACUAAGACGUAUAUUCCAGCAGGUCCCGCAGGUGCCACAAUCAUGACAUCUAAUGAAAGUCUCAUGAAUCGUGCAACUUCCAUUUCCUCGACCUCUACUACAACAAACCGCCCUAACCUAACCGGGGUUUCCUUAACCGAUACACGAGUUCAUGUCAAGACGGAAGAUAACAGCCAGUCAGAAGGAGUUCUCCUCGCACAGAGCCAAUAUGGCGUCGAUUCAAUACCAUCAGAAGGAAAUUCUGACACCCUUCCUCCUUUGCCCGACAUCAAGAAUCGUAAACGGAAACGGAUAGUAACGUCUACCAACUCUUCUGAACCCAAAGAGACAAUUCCCCAGAGUUCUGGAGCUGGAGUUGUCAAGAACGAGCCCAUAUCGUCGAGCCCGCCACGAAAUUCCAUCCAUUCUCCUGGUCAGCAUUUCCCAAGUACCCAGGAUCUAGACGCAAUUGGCCAUACUGUCCAAACGCCCACCAAGCGAAAGUCUCGGAGAGUGGCCUCUCGCCAAGGACACCAAGGGCAUGAGGACGACAGUCGAUCCCUUCAAACGCAAACUCCUCCGAUGCUAAACUCCGUUGGUGAGAAUUCCAGAAUAGGUGGGCGAUUGAACAGAGAGUCUGCCAACAAAAAACAGAAGGUUAAAGGUCAACAUGCCACACUAGUGAAGACCGAGAUCUGUGACUCCGAGGAGGACAGUGAAGAGGACCUUGACAAUCAAGCUCAAGCCAAGAAACAACCCUCGAAAAACAUCCCAGUGGCUCUGUCAAAUGCAAAUUCUCACGAAAGACCCGAACCACCAUCCCAUACCGAAGUGCCCCAAGUUCCACACGCUGCGGCAACUCCUUCAAGCUCAGAUCGAAAUCAAAAUAAGGCAGGGUCUUCAAAACGCCAACCAUCAACACCAAUUCAACCCGACCAAACGCAAUCCCAAUCCCAAUCAUACCCCGAAAUCAGACCCGAAGACGAGCCCUACCGAUCCCUCCCCUUCCACCGCCUAGACCUAUCCCACUUCAAGAUUAACCCAGCCGGCAACCAAGGAAUGGACUACGCAUACAGCACCGUCGUCCGCAAAAAAGACGACCGCAAAUGUCUCUCCGGCUGCACACGCCCCGGCUGCUGCGGAGACCGCUUCCGCGCAAUGGCUCGCCUGGGCGGCCUCCCCACCAACAACGCAGAGCAGCAAAACCAACAAAUACUAGAAGAAUACCUAGGCGAAGAACGGCAUCGUCUCGAAGGACUCAGUCCCCAGGACCGCGAGCGUCUACUCAUCGAAGCCAAGGCCCGCGUUAUCGCUAACCAGUACGGCAAACACCGGCAUGCUCACCAGCGCGCACGGACGCCGCCGGGGUUCUGGCGGACUGAGAUGCCGACUACACAGGAGCUUGAGGCGGACUGGGAGGCUGCAGGGAAUUUGGAGCGUGAUAAGAUCGAGGAGAGGUAUCGGGAGGCGAUGCGGCCGGGGGGUCUUUGGACUUGGGCGGAUGAGUGA